UCUCCACUCACAAGCACAGAACAGUGACACUGCCCCUGUCUCUUUUCUUUUAUAGUUUGUUCAGUGACACAGCAGAGCAGACACAGCACCAGCAUUUACACUUCCAGAGCAUCUCGCUCUUCCCUCCAAUGGCUCCCUCUCUCACCCUCUUCCUACUCUUUCUUCUCUCUCCCAUAUCCAUCUCCUCCGCAUCUUCUUCCUCUAUUCCCACUAUUAAAGAUGACCAGAAGAAGACUACUUACAUAGUCGAAGUCCAACCAGAUGCCAAGCCUUCCAUUUUCCCUACCCACGAGCUCUGGUACGAGUCUUCACUCUCUGCAUUGAGGAAAACGAGGACGGAACCACCAGCACAAACCACCAGCGCUCUCAUCCACACAUACUCCAACAUAUUCCAUGGCUUCUCUGCCAAGUUGUCCCCCUCCGAAGCCAAAACUCUUGAGUCCCUCCCGCACGUUAUUUCCCUCAUCCCCGAGCAAGUCCGCCAUGUGCAAACGACGCGCUCCCCCCAGUUCUUGGGCCUCAAGACCACCGAUAGUGCUGGUCUCCUCAAAGAAUCGGACUUUGGGUCCGACCUCGUCAUUGGAGUAAUCGAUACCGGUAUCUGGCCCGAGCGUAAGAGCUUCGAUGACCGAGAUCUUGGCCCUGUACCCUCCAAGUGGAAAGGCCGAUGCGUCGCCGCCAGGGACUUCCCUUCCUCCUCCUGCAACCGCAAGCUCAUCGGCGCUAAAUACUUCUGCUCUGGCUAUGAGUCCACCAAUGGCAAAAUGAACGAGACCAACGAGUUUCGCUCCCCCAGGGACUCGGACGGCCACGGCACCCAUACCGCCUCCAUUGCUGCCGGCCGCUACGUCUUCCCGGCCUCUACCCUUGGUUACGCGCGCGGAGUUGCCGCUGGCAUGGCUCCCAAAGCUCGCCUGGCCGCCUACAAGGUCUGCUGGAAUUCGGGCUGCUACGACUCCGACAUCCUCGCAGCAUUCGACACCGCAGUGGCUGACGGAGUCGACGUCAUCUCCCUGAGCGUAGGCGGCGUCGUCGUUCCAUAUUACCUCGAUGCCAUCGCGAUUGCCGCUUUCAGAGCCUCCGAUUCCGGGGUCUUCGUCUCCGCCUCAGCUGGUAACGGCGGUCCGGGUGCGCUCUCUGUUACGAAUAUUGCUCCCUGGGUGACUACGGUAGGUGCCGGCACCAUUGACAGGGAUUUUCCCGCCGAUGUCAAGCUGGGGAAUGGAAAAAUCAUACCUGGUGUAAGUGUUUACGGUGGACCGGCUUUAACUCCGGGUCAGAUGUACCCAUUAGUAUACGGUGGGAACACUGAGGGCGGUGCUGUUGAUGGGUAUUCGUCCUCGCUAUGUUUAGAAGGUUCUCUGGACCCCAAUUUCGUCAAAGGCAAGAUCGUGUUGUGCGACAGAGGCAUCAACUCGAGAGCUGCCAAAGGUGAGGUUGUGAGGAAAGCUGCAGGGGUUGGAAUGAUCUUAGCUAAUGGGGUUUUUGAUGGCGAAGGAUUGGUGGCCGAUUGCCACGUGUUGCCCGCCACAGCUGUAGGCGCAUCGUCCGGUGACGAGAUCAGGAAAUAUAUCUCUGCAGCUUCGAAGUCGACACCGGUGGCUACCAUUCUCUUCAAGGGGACAAGGCUCGGAGUGAGGCCUGCUCCGGUGGUGGCAUCGUUUUCGGCUCGUGGUCCUAAUCCGGUGACUCCGGAAAUAUUGAAGCCCGAUGUGAUUGCGCCCGGAUUAAACAUUCUCGCAGCUUGGCCCGACAGAAUCGGGCCGACCGGCAUACCUUCGGAUAAGCGUAGAACCGAGUUCAAUAUACUGUCUGGCACAUCAAUGGCUUGUCCUCAUGUUUCCGGUUUGGCUGCAUUGUUGAAAGCAGCGCACCCCGAAUGGAGUCCAGCGGCCAUAAGGUCUGCACUAAUGACAACCGCUUAUACUGUGGAUAAUAGGGGUGGAGGAAACAUGUUGGACGAGUCCACUGGAAAUGUUUCGACAGUAUUAGAUUUCGGGGCUGGUCAUGUCCACCCCCAGAAGGCUAUGGAUCCUGGUCUCGUCUACGAUAUUAGUUCCUAUGAUUAUGUGGAUUUCCUAUGCAAUUCCAAUUAUACUACUCAGAACAUCCAAAUGAUUACUAGGAAGACUGCGGAUUGCAGCGGGGCAAAACGGGCUGGCCAUGUUGGGAAUUUGAAUUACCCCUCGUUGACUGCAGUGUUUCAACAAUAUGGAAAGCGUAAGAUGUCUACGCAUUUUAUUCGAACGGUGACCAAUGUUGGAGACCCGAAUUCUGUCUACCAAGUUACGGCUGAGCCGCCGAGUGGAAUGGUGGUGACGGUUAGGCCGGAGAAGCUGGUGUUUAGGAGGUUGGGUCAGAGGCUGAACUUCCUUGUGAGGGUGCAAACCAGGGCAAUUAAGCUCUCCCCUGGUAGCUCUAGAAUGCGGACUGGCUCUAUCGUAUGGUCUGAUGGGAAGCACAAUGUCUCUAGCCCCUUGGUUGUGACCAUGCAGCAACCUCUCUAGACAGUGUUGAGGGUUUUGGGUUUAGGAAUUUUGCUCACCUUUCUUGUUAUAGAAUACUUUCUAAGUUAUCUCUUUAUGUUAUCACGAGUAAGUUUAUUUUUUUUCUUUCCUUUUUUUAAAUGGUUUUCAGUUUCAGAAAACUGGUGGGGUUGGUUUGUACUUUGUAAUGCACAGUGGAGGUUUAUGUUGUUGUUGUAAGAUUAAGAAUGAAGAAUGGAUGUAAAAAUGCUGUGUUUUGAGAAAA